AUGUCUUCGUUGAAGAAUUAUCUUUGUAAUUUAAAUUUUUUUGCACCCACCCCUGAUAGUAAUGAAAUAGAGGAUGAACAAGAACGUCGUAGUAAUAUUAUUGCUACUCGUGUUUAUCUUAUUGUUCUUCUAUUAAGUUUAAUUUCAAUUAGUAUAUUUGCAUGGGCAAGUCUUAAAACAACAGCAGUUACAUUAAAAUAUUUGACAAAAGAACAAUUAAAAAGCUUGCCAAUCGGUGUACAAUGUCCUUGUUCUCGUAUAUCAAUAUCAUAUAAUGAAUUUACAUUAUUAGAACCGAUAUAUCAUGAAAUAUGUUCAAGUGAUUUUGUUAGUGAUCGAUGGAUUAAUGCAAUAUAUACUGGUUCAAAUGCAACUUAUUUUAAUAUAAGAGAUUUUCGAAGUUUUUCUAGUUCUCAAUUCCAAGCAUUAGCUGCAUUCUGUCAUUUAUCAAAAGCUUAUGUACAACAGAGUAUCGAUACAUUUCAUCAAAGUACAUUUAUUAGUUUAUCAGUUUUAUCUGAAAAUGAUCUUCAAACACAACUUCAAUUAAUUAUUGAUCAAUUUCAACAAGAAGUUCCUCAAGCCUUUACAAAUCAAUUAGAUUUAAUACUUCGAAUGACAAUGGGCAAUAAAAUUGUAUCGGGAUUACUAACAAAUUAUAUUAUAUUAUAUGGCAGCUUUUCUUUUAAAUUACAGUCUAUUAUAUACCAUCGUGAUGAUGGUACAUUCUGUGAUUGUCAAAAUGAUCUUUAUUGUACGUCUAGUGCAGUCUUUGAUGAUAUGUUUCGAGCACGAACACGAUAUAUAUCCAAUAAUACAAAAGUAUUACCUGGAAUAGCAUCAGGUUGUUUACCUAUUAUUUCAAUGCUUGAUUCAACACUUGAAUGUUUUUAUAAUCAAACAUGUUUAAAUGAUAUUAUUUCUUAUUUUCCAACAAAUGAAAGAUUUUCAGCAUUAGUAAUUCAUAUUAAUAGUUCAUAUAAUCAAUAUACAAAAGUAAAAACAAUGUUAGAGAAUUUAAUGAUAGAAGAAUGGAUAACAACUAUAUCUUAUGAAAAAUAUUAUGAUCAGUGUGCACCUAUAUCAUGCACAUAUUCGAAAGAAGAAAGACAUAAUUUAAUAUAUGUUAUCACUAAACUUAUUAGUCUGUUAAGUGGUUUAACACUGGUUCUUGAAUUAAUUAUUCCAAUCAUUGUUCGAUUUAUAAUGAAAAAAUUAAAUCAUGAACAAGCUCCAUCAGUUCCAAUUCAUGUUGGUUUGAAUCAAGUUAAAUCAAGUAUUAAAAAAGCUGUGAUUGAAUUGAAUUAUUUCAAACAUUAUCCAAGUAAUGAUCAACAAAUACGAUAUCAACGAUAUGGAACUCGACUUUAUAUCCUUUUAAUUGCUAUUUCAGCUGGAUCAUUAUCUGUAUAUCAUUUAACUCGUACAACAAUCCAUCGUGAAACUAUUCUAAAUCUAUCCUUAUCAAAAUAUUUGGAACUUUCUCAAAUAUAUGCCACUCAUCUUUAUUGUCCAUGUACAUCAAUAUCGACACCUUAUUUCACAUUUAUUAGUAUUGAAGUAUAUUACCAUCAAUUAUGUUCGAGUUAUUUGGUAUCUUCUCGAUGGAUUGCUUAUAGUAAAUCGAUGUCAAGACUUUUGGGCGACAUAUACGAUUAUCGAAUUAAUGCUGGUAAUCAAUUUCAAACAUUAUCAAUGUUUUGUGAACAAGCUCAACAAACAAUUAAUAAUUCACUUACAAAUUUUCUGAAAACACACAUAUUCAAUUUACAAGUUAUUCGUAAAAAUCAACUUGAAACUCAAUUAGAUUCAGCUAUUACAGAUUGGAAAUCGUCUACCAUAAACCAAUUUAUUAGUACAAUCGAUUUGAUUCGUAAUACAACACAAGGAAAUCAAUUAAUGAAUCGUCUUAAUAUAUUUUUCCAAUAUCCUGAUGAUGUAAGAACAAUAUUAGAACCUCGAACAUAUGGAGAUUGUAAUUGUGCAUUUUUUGCAAGAUUAUGUUCAAGUCCAAUGAAAAUAUUUACUGAUAGUUUUACUUUAUUAAUUGAAAAUUUUUAUGUUGGAUGUUAUUUAAUUGAUGCACUAUUUUUAUCGACAUUAGAAUGUUUUUAUAAUGAAAUAUGUAUGUCUAAUAUCAAUCAUUUUUUAAAUUCAUCUUUAAUUCAAUCCCUAACAUUUCCAGCACUUAGUUCAACAAAAAAUUCACCAAAUCAAACAAUACGAUCAAUUUUCGAGCAAAUGAUGGUUGAUCAAUGGUCGUGGAAUAUCAAUUAUUCAUCAUAUUAUAAUCACUGUGCUCCAAAUUUAUGCAUUAUUCAAUAUAAAAAUUCUGAUGAUAUAUUUACAGUAAUUAUUUUUUUAUUUGGUAUUUUUGGUGGACUUUCAAUUGGAUUUAGAAUUCCAAUUUUACUUUUACUUCGAUUAACUGAAAAAUUCAAGAAUAAUUUUACUUUUGAAAUCUCAAUACGUUCUAUAAAACAUUUUUUCAUCGGUACUAAUGAGCAACAAAUGACUCGUCGAUUACAGAUUGUAUUAGUUUCAACAACAUUGUGUAUUCUCUAUAUAACUGUUGCUUUUAAUCCUCAAUUAACUUCAGUGGAAAUUAAAAAUCCAUCAUUAUCAAUUUAUGAAAAUCUAGUCAAACAACAUUCGUAUAGUCUUCAAUGUUCUUGUUCACAAAUCGCAAUACCAUAUGGGUCAUUUAUUAAUAUUAAAUCUAAUUAUCAUCCAUCGUGUUCAAGAGAUUUUAUAGGUGAAUUGUGGAUGGCUGUUCUUAUUGGUCAGAAUAAUCCAUUUUAUCAAAAUGUUUCUAAAACUUAUAUUUAUUCAGGUGUUGGACAAUUGCAAGCGCUUUCUAUAUUUUGUGAAUUAUCGAAAUCAACAGUUAGUCAAUCAGUUACACAAUUUCUAAAUAAACAUAUGGUUAAUACUCAAUUAUUAUCACCAAAUGUUUUAUCUCAAAGGAUUCAAAUGAUUAUUGAUGAAAUGAAAACUACAAUGCCAAAAUUAUUUAUUAAUACAUUUUCAUUAGUUCGUCAAACAACAAAAGCAAAUAAAUUUCUAACUACAUUUGGUUCUACUUGGUUAUUAGCCGAUUCAUAUAAUCCAACAGAUGGAGAUAUAAUUCAUACAAUACCAGUUGAGUAUGAUGAAUGUGAUUGUGGAUUAUCUUCAGAAUGUUUUACAAAACUUUAUGGAGUUAUUAUUUCUUGUUAUAUACUUGAAGGUUUUUUACAAUCAACAUUUGAAUGUCUUUAUGAUCAAGAAUGUGUUGAUAAAACUCACACAUUUCCAGCAUUAAAUUUAUCUAUUAAUCCAAGUCGUUUUCCAAUUAAUUCCACUGUCGAAUCAGUUUUAAAUGAAUUAAUGAUUGAAAAUUUCACAAAUAGUUUAUCUUAUUCAGAUUAUUUUACUCAAUGUUCACCUUCAUCAUGUAUUUUUUCUUAUAUUGAUAAAUUUAAUAUUAUCGAAGGAAUAACAACAUUAAUUUCUCUUUAUGGUGGUUUAAUGAUCAUUUGUCAAUUGUUUGCAGUUAUAAUUAUCAAAAUAUUACCAUAUCGAUUAGUUCAUGUCACACCAGUUGUUAAUAUAUCAACUAAUUAA